AUGUCGUCCCAUGGUGGACAGCCGAAUUUCCCAUUCGGAUAUCAACAAGAGAAUAUACACGGAUUAGGUCUGCCUGAAUUCAUCACUCCAGGCCCUCCACCAGGUCAGCCCUUGCUCAAUGCAACCGAAAACCAGAAUCUCGAUUCCUUCUUCAACGACUUCGACCAGAAUGCCCCUGCAAAACAUUUUUCUCAAUUCGUUCCUACGGGACACGACCAAUACUUUGGCAUACCACCUUUGUUCGUUGGGUCAGAGACCGAUUUGGGACCUCAGUCUAUGAUUGCUCCCAAUCCAUUGCAGAGCGGAGGGUUUCAGUAUGGCAGCGACAUGCUUGGGCAUGAUCUCAACAACUUUCGCCACACAAGUAUCGGACACCCUGGCAUGCACAGUCACUUGUACGGCGAUCCGUCCAUGCAGAAUCCUAUACCCAAUCAUAUCCAGCCAGUAACCUCAAUGCAACCGGCUUUUGGAGCUACAUGGCAGCAACAAGACUUCCACCAGCCCGCAAUGCCAAACCCCCAGCAGCCGAAUCGGCAACCGAUGGCUUUUGGUACCGAUGCUCGAUUUCAGCCCAACGGCUAUGCGGCCCCUCAUAAUCCCUCUGAUCCGGAUCUUCCCAAUGGAAUGAAAAUUCACCCUAUGGAUUUUUUUGAGCCGACGAGUGGAAGUACCACCCAACCAAACACUCGGCCGAGCACCAGGCCCAAUACGCAGCCAUCAAGUCCCAAUUGGCAAAAGAAGAGGACUUUUGACGACUUCCAGCAAGAUCAGCCCAAUCAGACAGGAUUGAAUCUACCGACGAAUGGGCAGCAGAGCAUUACCCUGACUCAACCAAGCUCUCGGAAACGAGGUUCUAUGACAAAAAGCGACAAGGCCAAAAGUACACAGCCACCUACGCCGCUCUCGCACCACAAAUCACAGACGCCCGUAAAGAGUGAAGGCGACGAUCACGAAGAAGAUGCCGAGGCAGAAGAGGAAGACGAAGCCACUCCCGAACAACUAAGCUCGUCCUCACCCACUCGGGGGCGCCGGAGGAUCACUGCUCCCCCACAGUCAAAAGCUGCCCAGAAAAAGAAGGCUAGUUCAAAUACGACAUCAUCUCCGACCAAGCCCGGACCUAGAGUGAAGAUGGUUGCUAGGAAAAUUGUCAGUAGUAGAGUUCCACUCACCCAGGAACAGAGGAAAGCCAACCACACGAAUUCCGAACAGCGUCGUCGCGACGCUACCGCCAGAGCCUACGCUGAACUGUACGACCUGGUACCCGAACUUGAGGAUCACGGUAAACAGAGUACGAUGAAAAAGCUCGAAGUUGUUGUGGCGAAGGUCCUUCGCGUCAAGCAAACGGUGUACGAAUUAAGGAUGAAGCUUGGCCUUGACAUUCACACCGGCAGGCCCAAAGACCUCAACGACGCAAAUGCACAAUGA